AUGAAGUCUUCCUGUGCCGAUUCCUUAUUUCGAUUGGAGGAAAAUGCUCGUCGAAAUGCUGAAAAACGGGUUAUGGAAGCAUUUCAGAAACCCGAUAGCUUGGAAAACAUUGAUGUUAUUCGCACGCGUUUUCUUAACCAGAAGACAGCAACCGAAGCUCAGUUGAAGAUGGCUGUUCACGGUCAACUUGAUAGCAUUCAAAAUGGUCUAGAUAAAUUGGAAUCCGCACUCGGAAUUUCUAAAGUUUGCGCCCGUCGUUACAUGGUCUUUUUCAGCAUUUCAGACAUCGAGAAUUCUCUAAACUCAAUAAGCAGUCUUUCAACCUCUCUAAACCAAUUGCACGUUAUCUCAUCGAAGCACAAACAGCUCGUCGCAGCUAUAGAGAAUAUGUCUUAUUUGGUUAAAGUUCCGGACACUUUAGCAGAAGCCAGAAGUUUUGUUGAGAGCGAAAAUCUACUUGAAGCUCACAAACGAAUUCAAGAACUUGAAGGAAUACGAGACGAAAUUAUGUGUGACGUCUUUCAACAAAAUUCGUCUGCAGAUCUUGAUACUUUGAGAACGUUCUUUAAAGGUGUGGAAGAAUUAAAUGCUUCAGUUCUUGAAAAAAUUAAACAUGUUGGUGCAACACUAACCAGCGCUGUGGUCACACAGAACGUUCUCUGCGUUAAUUGCAUCCGUAUUAUCGAUCGAGAGGAAAGAGCCGAUUUGAUUUGGAAGAAGAGACAGGCUAAGAAUGGUUUUAUGCCCGACGGACGGCCCAAAGAGUGGAGGAGAAAGUUUUUUGCAGAAUUGGCUAAAACUAUUCAAGAUCGUGUUCAGGGGUGUGGAGUUGAUUCGGAAAAUGAGAAAACUCGUUUGGUGCGACACAAUGAAGCAAUUCGUCAACAUGCUUUGAGAGAUUUGCGUAUUGCAAAGAAUAUCUGUCCAGUGUUCUUCCCUCCUGAUUACGAAAUUUUCGAUCGAUUUGUUGAAAUCUAUCAUGAUGCUAUCGCCAUUCACAUAGAAAAUUUGAUUAACGAGGGUCUUAAUGAUACUGAGAUUGUUCAAUUGCUUGGGUGGAUUAAUGCAUAUCAUACGGAGGAGUUCAUGAAUCACCCCCUUUUCAAUGUUGACUUUUCUCGACUCAAUAUCAAAUAUCCUCGGAAUCUGCUUCCUGAUGAUAAAUUGACGAGUCUGCGCCAGGAAUAUGUCCGAAAGACAAUUAUCAAACUGAACGGCUGGUUGGUCAAGUCUUUAGCCAUUGACAUUGAGGAUUGGAAACGGUCCACAAAACCAGAGCUGAAUGAUGCCUCGAAUUUCUAUACUCCCCUCUCACUUAUGGUUCUUUCGCCUAUUAAUGAGUUGGUCGGAGAGGGAAAGCUCCUUCAUUUUCUUGGAAAUGUUGUUCGAGAAAGCUUUUUAGUCCAGUGUACCCAGGAAAUACUUUCAUUCGCUAGGAGCUACGAGAGUAGUAUACGGGAAUAUCGAAGUGCCUACCUUAGCGAUCGUGCAAAGUUUCCUUAUUAUAUCGAGUAUAUUCUUGCCAAUGCCAACAACACUUUAACAAUCGCAAACAGUUUCGCGGCUGUGAUUAACAAAGAAGUCGAAAACGAAUCCCAUUUGAAAGGACGUCUUCUACCCCAAUUGGGUGGCCUCAAAGACGAGUACGCAAAGGUAGCAGCAUUUUGCCUGAACUGUGCAGAAGAAACAAUAUUUAUGGAUUUGACUCCCGUUAUGUCUGCUAUUCUCACCCGUGAAUGGCUCAGCCCAGGCGAUCUAACAACACAAUGCAUUACUGGAACAUUCCUUGAUUAUAACGAGACCCUUGUUCAUGUCAAUCAAAUAUACUAUCAAGAUUUGACACCUCGAUUGGCUGCACGCCUUCUAAUUGAUUUCCUACGAGUUCUACUCACUAGAACUCUUCAUUUUAGCUCUAGUCAUGAGCGCCACACUGCCGGGGAGAAGCUGAUUCAAACUUCCACUAUUCUGAGGGCCUUCUUUGAGAACAAGAUCCCCGUAGCCCAAAAAAUUUACGAGGGUUAUGACGCUAUUGGAUUAAUUGGCAAAUUUCUCACAAAUGAUGAUCUUAAUAUGCUUUCUUUGGAUAUUGGAUGUUUGCAACAACAAUUCCCUGAUGUGCGAACAGAUCAGAUUUAUACCAUCAUAAUGUUGCGUGGUGAUAUACGUUCAACUGAGGCUCAAGAGUUGGCGAUAAGCGUGACACAGGGUGUCAAAAAUGCUAGUGCAACUUCGGAUAUAUUUACUAAAUUGGCUGUGGCUAUGAAUCGGUGA